AACUCUUUAACCAAAAAAGCCCCUUAUUUUUACAACUAACCAUGUUUCGGGUUUUCAGUUACAACUAUGCCGCCUUCUUCUUCAUAACCUUUUUAUCUCUUUUUCUUUGCAUCUUUCCCGCCAGAACCGGUCCGGACAACUUCUUAUUUUCCGCUAAUCCCUCACCAAACGCCACGUGGCAAAACUUCAUCAGCUUCAUCGACGCUGGCAAGGGCACAAACUUCUCUGGCAUGUCUGAACUCAAAAAGUACUUCCACAAAUUCGGGUACCUUGAAUUUGACAACUUCACAGACAUAUUUGACGAAAACUUAGAAUCCGCGGUGUUAAAAUACCAAAAGAAUUUAGGAUUAACAGUGUCUGGGAAACUCGACCCAGACACUGUUAACCAAAUUAUGUCACCACGCUGUGGCGUGAGUGACGAAACUAUUAGAAGCAAAAAUCAGAAUAUACACGUGACUAAACACUAUGCGUAUUUUAGCGGAGAGCCGCGAUGGGGGAGUUCGUCUAGAUUAACUUUGACAUAUGCUUUUUCGAGAAAUCAUAUGAUUGAUUACAUAAGUGUUGAUGAUAUACAAGAAGCGUUUAAAAGAUCUUUUUCAAGAUGGUCGUCCGUUAUACCAGUGAAUUUUACUGAAACAGAGGACUAUCCAUCCUCAGAUAUUAAAAUCGCCUUUCAUAAAGGCAAUCACGGGGAUGGGGAGCCUUUUGAUGGAGUAUUGGGAGUACUGGCCCACGCGUUUUCACCGGAAAACGGUAGGCUUCAUUUAGAUGAAGCGGAAACAUGGGCCGUUGAUUUCAAAUCGACUAAAUCAAAAACCGCGGUUGAUUUGGAAUCCGUUGCGACACAUGAAAUCGGACAUAUACUUGGGUUGGCUCAUUCUUCGGUUAAAGAUGCAAUUAUGUACCCGAGUUUGAGCCCGAGAACGAAGAGAGUGGAUCUUAAGAUUGAUGAUGUUGAAGGAAUUCAAGCGUUGUAUGGGUCAAACCCGAAUUUUCAAUACAAUUCUUUGAUGGAAUCUGAUAUUUCUUCGGGUUGGAUUAUUACAGCAUCUUUUAAGUGGUUAACUUGUUUGGUUCUACUUGUAAGGUUGUUAUUAUGACACAAAUUUUCUCUUUUGAUUUUUUUUAAGUGGGCUUUUAUUCAAGUCCUCAUACAUUUAAUUAGUCUUUAUGUUAUUGUAAAAAAGG